GGGGAGUGUCGCGGAUUCAAUCAGCUCGCAUUUCACAGCGACCAACCUGCGGGAGCAGUCGCAUCCCUGUGGCCUGGGAGAAUGCUGAAGCCGCUGAACUUGCUGCUGAUCCCCUUGCUGCUGGCCGGAGCAGCGGACAAGGACAGUCCUGAGAAAGGGGACAGCAAGGGGAAUUACCUGGAGGAUGAGCAAUGGCUGUCCGGACUCUCCCAGUACAGCCAGCAGAUCAAAGACUGGAACCGCUUCAGAGACGAUGACUACAUCCGAAACUGGGAUCAGAAGACUUUUGAUGAAGCACUGGAUCCCACCAAGGACCCCUGUCAAAAGGUGAAGUGCAGCCGACACAAAGUGUGUAUCUCCCAGGGCCAGCUGAGGGCCAUGUGCAUCAGUCGCAAGAAACUCCAGCACAGAAUCAAGCAGUCUUCCCUGGGGCACGUGGAGAACACUUGCAAGCCAUGCCAAGCAGAUCAGGUGGAACCUGUGUGUGGCUCAGAUGGUCACACCUACUCAUCGCAGUGUAAGCUGGAGCUACAGGUCUGUCUGACUGGGAAACAGCUCAACCGGCAGUGUGAAGGCAAAUGUCCAUGUCCAACAGAGCGCACUCCGACCUCUGACCCUGCAAGCAAGUCAGCUGACUGCACCGGCCAGGAUCUGGCAGAUCUCGGUGAUCGACUCAGGGACUGGUUCCAGUUGCUGCGUGAAAAUGCGAAACAGAACAGCUCAGGGAGACCUGGGAGCAGUGCGUCCAGUGUGUUGGAUAAGAAUAUGGUGGCCAGCUGCAGGGAUUCAGUCGGUUGGAUGUUUUCCAAGCUGGAUACGGAUGUGGACCUGUUCCUGGAUGAGGCAGAGCUUGCAGCCAUCAAUCUGGACAAAUAUGAAGUCUGCGUGAGACCCUUCUUCAACUCCUGCGACACCUACAGAGACGGACAUGUUUCCAUGGCUGAAUGGUGUUUCUGCUUCUGGAGGGAAAAGCCCCCCUGCCUGGCUGCGCUCGAGAAGAUCCAACUGCAAGAGGCGGUGCGGAAAGUGCCUGGUACCUUCAUUCCUAGUUGCGAUGAGGAUGGUUACUACAGGAAGCUGCAAUGUGAUACUUACUCUGGCGAGUGUUGGUGUGUUGACCAGCAAGGCAGUGAGGUGACAGGAACCCGGGUUAAAGGGAACCCUGACUGUGAGGAUGUGAUCAGUUUCUCCGGUGAUUUUGGCAGUGGAGUCGGCUGGGAGGAUGAGGAAGAGAAAGAGACUGAAGAGACUGCGGAAGAAACAGAGGAGGAAGAGGGUGAAGCUGGGGAGACGGAUGAUGGAGGCUACAUUUGGUAACAUCGCAACAGCUGUCUGAUAAACACUGCUAACCAUUUGGCACAUGUUUUCCACCCUUCAUGAACAACUUUCACUCCUUCUGAUUAACGCAUCCUCUGUCCUACAGUGUACACUACCAGUUCCCGAUGACCGCCUUGGCACCAGUGAGUGACACUGCUCGCUGCUUCAUUGCAUAUUAUUUUAUCACACUUGACACUAAGGGGCACAGAAUGUUACCACCAAUAAAUGGCUAGACUCCCCAGUGAUAGUGCUGACCAGGACAAAUGCACAAUUUACAAUUUUAAAAAUCCAGAUUGUAUCACAAACAAUCCAGAGAGGGGGAGGGGUGUGAGGGACUCAUUACUGUAGGCAAAGGUUGAAUAUCAAUAUCAUGAAAUAGAGAGGGAUGUGACAGCUGCUUCAUUUUAAAGUAAUGUUUGUGAAAGGUAUCGUGUACAACGUCAGCAGCUCCCCCAUUGCCCCGUCACCCACUGACCCUUCACUCACUGCCUCCUCACCUACUGCCCCCUCACCUACUGCCUCCUCACCUACUGCCUCCUCACCUACUGCCCCCUCAUGCACCUCAAACUCACCCGCCACUAUUCCCCCACUUAUCACACCUUCACCCACUGCCCCAUUACCCAUUGACCCAUCACCCAUUGCCCUGUCACCCACUGACCCUUCACUCACUGCCUCCUCACCUACUGCCCCCUCGUGCACCUCACACACACCCACCACAAUUCCCCCACUUUCCACACCCUCACCCACUGAUCCCUCACCCACUACCCCGUCACCCAUUGCCUUGUCACCCACUGACCCUUCACCCACUGACCCUUCACCCACUGCCUCCUCACCUACUGCCCCCUCAUGCACCUCACACUCACCCAUCACAAUUCCCCCACUUACCACACCCUCACCCACUGACCCCUCACCCAUUGUACCAUCACUCACUAUGCCCUUGCCCAUCGUUCACUGCACAUUGCUCCUUCAAUCACCACACCUGGCCCUCCCGCUGUCACAUCCUGCAUGGUCUUACAAUGUCAACUCCUCAGCCAGUGCCCUUUAGAUUGUGCCCACCCGGAUGUGCCAGUAAUGUUUCUGCAAGUUAGCUUCAUUUGAAACUCAGAAAGCCCACUCCAAAGUGGGAGAUAAAUUAGUGUGAGUGUGUGUGUGUGUGUGUGUGUGUGUUCAUAUGGUAGAGGGUACAGGGGAGAGAAUCAGCAAUCCUGAGACUGUGUAAAAUGUAGGUCUGUUUUCUGACGGCAGAAAUGUUCUCUUAAGUGCUCAGAACGUUUAACAUCACUCAGGUCUGAGAAUUAUACACUGGGUGUAAAAGUACCCAUGACUUUGAGUUAAUUCAAAGUCAGAGAAUUGUCAAACAAGGCUAUUCAAUAUUUCAGUUUCAGAAAGAGAUCAUGUUCCUCUCUGGGAGCUCUUUGCAGGUUCAGCAAUAUUCCUGAAAAGGUGUCACUGGGAAAUAAACUCCUGAGUGAAACAUUAUUGUUAGCAGAAGAUUUGCCCUGUAGCUGAUCACCCUGUUAUUUAGUCAUCUGUAUUACAGUCAGGCUGUGUGUCUGAAGGACUGAGGGAUUUAUUACUGUGAAGCUAGUGAAGUGUGAAUGUUUUAUUCCUGCUUGUACUCAAUGUUAAAGCUACCUCCAUAAUCCUUCCCAAUAUCUGACUAGCAGCUGUUUGACAGGAUGCCCGUGAAUUUGAGGUUAUUUACUCACCAGCGAUUGGGCUGCUGUUUUUCAGUUGCUCCAGGAAAAAUAUACACACCCAUGAAACACAUCAUGUCUCCAUACAUGUGCACACACACACACACACACACAAUAUACACACAGACACACAUAUACACACAGACACACGCGCGCACACAAUAUGACACACAGACACACACAACAAUAUACACACGGACACGCACACCCACAGACAAAGACACACGCACACAUAACACAUACAUGCACAUCUCUACGACUCUAUGCACAUGCACAGACACAUACAGACACAUAUACAUCCAGAAACACAUGUACAGACACACACACACAAACAUUUUCCAAAAAGUAUACUUUGUUCAAGCACGACAAAAGUAUGUUUUGUGACCGUUCAAAUAUAACAUGGAGUGAAAUGUAAUACACAUCCUGCUUGAUUUAAUAUAAUGUGGUGAUCUGAGGAAUCUCGCUAUACUUACAAUCUUCAAUGGGGAUUCCAUUUUCAGCAGAUUACACCCAAAGCAACCAGCGGUCUUGGAUUUCUGAGGAGGAACCUUUUGUAUUGUAACAAAAAUAUCAGACAGGUUACCAAACGUUGGUUUCUCCAAUCCCAGAGUGUGUUCACUGUGUGUGGGAUCCUUAUACAGCAGGAGAUAGAAGUAAGAUUCAAGUCCCUCAAAGGCAUGUUGCUUGAUUCUGCACCAAUCCCACACUAGAGUCACAUCCUUGAUCAAAGAUUCAAAACAACAGCAAAGAGGGGACUGAGCACAUUCUACGAAAUAUGGGAUGGACAGAGUGUUGGGGAGAAUUGACAGAGUAAAAAAUGAGGUCUGCAGAUGCUGGAGAUCACAGCUGCAAAUGUGUUGCUGGUCAAAGCACAGCAGGUUAGGCAGCAUCUCAGGAAUAGAAACAGCUACCUGGUACCUUCCAGCAAUUACAUUACACAAGAUAGCUGUCCACGCUAACUGCAAAGGUUGUAUGUUUCCAAGACAAUACAUUAUUAAUCUUCUUCCCAAGGAUAAUCCUAAAUGGAAAAAGCUGCCAAUCAAUGUCAUUACAGCCCCGUCAAUCAAAAUCUUCAAGACCCACCUUCAGAUUAUUUCCUUUUAUUCUCAGGACUUAUCAUUUCAGCAGCUCGCAUCUGGUUGAGCUAAAUGUUAGCACAGCAGAAUAUCCGUCCCUGAUGCCAGUGUAACUGAAGCAGCAGCAGAAUUACAGCUUAUGAUUGCAAUUUUGAAUUGCUGUUAAGCAGACAGCCCAAGGGGUUUUCCAAUGCUGCAGCCCCUCACUGUACUGUGCUGGGAGGCUUCUCGAUAGUGACCUUUUCCCAUCAAACCAGCUGCCCCAGGCCUUGGAUUGUGCCAGUCUGUAACACUCAAACCAACAGCUCUUUACACUGCAAGACCAGGAGCUUUCAGGUUAACUGAGUUUCACAAACACACACAUACCUCUGUGCAUGUGCGCAUGCACACGCACUCACACACACACUCACUCAUGCAGACACGUACUCUCACACACAUACAUCCAUGCAUGUGCACGUGUGCACGUGCGCACACACACAUACACACAUACUCUCACACACAUAGUUCCGUGUAUGUGUGCGCAUGCGCACACACAGAAACACACACACUCAUGCAGACACAUACUCUCACACACAUCCCCCCCUGCACAUAAACAUAUCUCUGUGCAUGUGCACGCUCACUCACACAUGCUCACUCACUCAGACACAUACACACACAUCCCCUACGCACACACGUGCAUACGCACACACACACACACACACACUUAGAUGCGCGCGCGCACACACACACUUAGAUGCGCCCGCGCACACACACAUGCUUAGACGCACACAUGCCCACACCGUCAAAACGUGUGGCGCUGG